GUGCACCUGUCCUCCCUUCUGUUCAAGUAUCUUAUUCCUCUGGAAAGAAGGAGACAUAUCCGUUUCCAGAGAAAAAGCCGCGCCACAGCCAAUUUAAUCCUACCGUGGAACAUUGACCCUAAAGCCAGAAAGUGCCCGGCACCUUUAAGUUGUGUGGCGCUCACGUGACUCAUUAAGUGCUGGGGCCCAGUGGUCACGUGACGCCGCGCGCGCGCCCUCGCGCCGGGAGAGCCAGCCUGCGCUGUGCGCGUGCUUUCACCUCCGCCUCCCGCCCACCCCCUCGACGGGAGGGUGAGGAGCGGCGGAGGGAUCGGGCGCCUGGGGCGCUGUGCGCGUGCGCAGCGAACAGCUGUCACCCAGUGCGGAACAAGUCUACCAAAUUUCCCAAAUCUCCCCGGGCCGGAGGCCACCGUCCUCCUUCACACCCUCCUCCUCUGGAUUGUGUCCUCGCCCCCGCCCGCGCGCCAGAUUGCCCCAGCCAUCAUGGAGGUGGCUGAGGCGGAGAGUCCUCUGAACCCCAGCUGUAAGAUAAUGGUCUUCAGACCUUCCAUGGCAGAGUUUCGGGAGUUCAACAAAUACCUCGCAUACAUGGAGUCCAAAGGAGCACAUCGAGCGGGGCUUGCAAAGGUAAUUCCUCCUAAGGAAUGGAAGCCAAGACAGUGCUAUGAUGACAUUGAUAAUUUGCUUAUUCCAGCACCGAUUCAGCAGAUGGUAACAGGGCAGUCAGGAUUGUUCACUCAGUAUAACAUCCAGAAAAAAGCCAUGACUGUGAAGGAGUUCAGGCAGCUGGCCAAUAGUGGCAAAUAUUGUACUCCAAGAUACUUAGAUUAUGAAGAUUUGGAGCGCAAGUACUGGAAGAACUUAACUUUUGUGGCACCUAUCUAUGGUGCAGAUAUUAAUGGGAGCAUAUAUGAUGAGGGUGUGGAUGAAUGGAACAUAGCUCGCUUAAAUACCGUCUUGGAUGUGGUUGAAGAAGAGUGUGGUAUUUCCAUUGAAGGUGUAAAUACCCCAUAUCUGUAUUUUGGCAUGUGGAAAACCACAUUCGCAUGGCACACUGAGGACAUGGACCUCUACAGCAUUAAUUAUCUCCAUUUUGGAGAGCCCAAGUCAUGGUAUGCUAUACCCCCGGAGCAUGGGAAACGACUUGAAAGACUAGCUCAAGGUUUUUUCCCAAGUAGCUCUCAAGGGUGUGAUGCAUUUCUUCGCCACAAGAUGACACUGAUUUCUCCUUCAGUAUUAAAGAAAUAUGGCAUUCCCUUUGACAAGAUCACCCAGGAGGCAGGAGAAUUUAUGAUCACUUUCCCUUAUGGCUACCAUGCUGGUUUUAAUCAUGGCUUCAACUGUGCAGAAUCUACAAAUUUUGCUACUGUCAGAUGGAUUGACUAUGGGAAGGUUGCUAAAUUGUGCACUUGUAGGAAAGACAUGGUGAAAAUUUCCAUGGAUAUCUUUGUGAGGAAAUUUCAGCCAGACAGAUAUCAGCUUUGGAAACAAGGAAAAGAUAUAUACACCAUCGAUCACACGAAGCCUACUCCCGAAUCCACCCCGGAGGUAAAGGCAUGGCUGCAGAGAAGGAGGAAAGUAAGAAAAGCACCCAGGAGCUUCCAGAGCACUAGGUGUCACACUAAAAGGCAUAAGGCUGAGGAGGAUGAGGAAGUCUCAGCUGAUGCUGAUGGGGCAGAAAUCUCUAACCUUGACCCAGACACAGAUGAAUCCAAAGUUCACGUAAACUCUGAAGAGACAGCGAGGCUGGGAAUCAUAGAAGGGGCCUCUUCCAGGAGCAUGCAGGUGGAUCCCACUUUAUCAGAUGAUAUCUCACUCUCAGGAAACUGCUGCUCAAAUGCAUCUAUAAUGGAGGAAGUAAGAGCAGAGGAUGACAAAACCUACACCAUGACUGUAUCUUCCAAACCCAAUGCAUCUGAUGAUUCUAUCCCAUUGUCUCGUGGCCAUGUGAAGGUUGAGGAAUCAGCCCCACCCAAGCCUUCAUGGCCAAAGUCUCCUGAAUCGUGUUUGUCGGUGGCAGAGAGCAAUGGCGUGUUAACAGAGGGAGAAGAGAGUGAUGUGGAGAGCCGGGGAAGUGGCCUGGCACCAGGGGACAUCCCUGUGGUACCUAGUGGAGAGAGCAAUGGCUUCAAAGUCCCCAGUAUAAUAGAGGGAGAGACCAAAACUGCUAAGAGCUGGCGCCAUCCGCUGAGUAAGCCUCCGGCCAGAUCCCCAAUGACUGUUGUAAAGCAGCAAGCAACAAGUGAUGAAGAAUUACCUGAGAUGCCAUAUAUUGAAGAGGAAGUGGAAGAAACAGAGUCAUGGGCGAAGCCUCUUGUCCACCUCUGGCAGACGAAAUCCCCUAACUUUGUGGCUGAACAAGAGUAUAAUGCAACCGUAGCAAAAAUGGAACCACACUGUGCUAUCUGCACUCUGCUCAUGCCUUACUACAAGCCGGAUAGCAGCAAUGAAGAAAAUGAUUCUAAAUGGGAGACAAAAUUAGACGAUGUGAUUACCUCAGGAGGAAAGACUAAACCCCUCAUUCCUGAGAUGUGCUUUAUUUAUAGUGAGGAAAAUAUAGAAUAUUCUCCACCCAAUGCCUUCCUUGAAGAAGAUGGAACAAGUCUUCUGAUAUCCUGUGCAAAGUGCUGCGUACGGGUUCAUGCAAGCUGUUAUGGUAUCCCUUCUCAUGAGAUCUGUGAUGGCUGGCUGUGUGUCCGGUGCAAAAAAAAUGCAUGGACUGCAGAAUGCUGCCUUUGCAAUUUGCGAGGGGGUGCUCUUAAGCAGACUAUGAACAAUAAGUGGGCCCAUGUCAUGUGUGCUGUUGCAGUCCCAGAAGUUCGGUUCACUAAUGUCCCAGAAAGGACACAAAUAGAUGUAGGCAGAAUACCAUUACAGAGGUUAAAAUUGGCCAUUAAUAGGAGCUGGAUCAGAAGUGGAGCUGCUGGGACUUGAACCAGUACAUGUGUGGGAUGCCAGCAUAGCAGGGGGCAGCUUUAACCCACUGCACCACAACACCAGCCCUGAGGAGCUACUGCUUUAAUUAGCUAAGUCAAUACUCUCUUGUACUCAUUUUUAUUCAUUCAUUUAUUUUUUAAGGGUAGCAGGUCUUUUUUGUCAUAUUUUAAAUUUUUUAAUUAAUUUUUAAAAAUAUUUUGUUUUAAUUAUUUGAAAGGCAGAGUUACAGAGAAAGGCAUGGAAAGAGAGAGAGAAAGAGAUCUUCCAUCUGCUGCUUCACUCCCCCAAAUGACCACAAUGGCUUAGGCUGGCCCAGGCCGAAGGCAGGAGCCAGGAACUUCUUCCAGAUCUCCUACAUGGCUUCAGAGGCCUAAACACUUGGGCCAUCUUCUGCUGCUUUCUCAGGCGCAUUAACAGGGAGCUGAAACAGAAGUGGAGCAGUUGGUCUUGAAUGGCGCCUAUUUUGGAAGCUGGCAUUGCAGGCAGUUGCUUAUCCCACUACACCACAACGCUAGCUCCCUUAUUUUAUUUUAAUUUAAUGGUUUUAUUUUAUUUUAAAUGUUUACUUCAAAGACAGAGUUAGAGACAGAGAGAGAGGGAGACAGACAGAUUGGAGCAGCUGGGAAUUAAACUGGUAUGCAUAUGGGAUUGCCAGCAUUGCAGUCAGCAACUUAACCCAAUGCACCUCAGUGCCAGACCUUUCUCUUUCUCUGAAACCAUCUGUUUAAUUAGGAAAAUAGGACACAGGUUCACCUUGUUCACAUCUGUCAAUAUUUGAACUGAGGCCGCGCACCACGCUGAUCCGAAGGCAGGAGCCAGGUGCUUAUCCUGGACUCCCAUGGGGUGCAGGGCCCAACCACUUGGGCCAUCCUCCACUGCACUCCCAAGCCAUAGCAGAGAGCUGGCCUGGAAGAGGGGCAACCAGGACAGAAUCCGGUGCCCCGACCGGGACUAGAACCCAGUGUGCCAGCGCCGCAAGGUGGAGGAUUAGCCCAUUGAGCCACAGUGCCGGCGUGAACUUUAUUUAAUCACUAACCCUCUGUAUUGUGUAUUAUUAUUAUGUAAUUAGACUCUUAAAAGUAUGUCUGGGGGCUGGUGCUAUGGUAUAAUGGGUAAAACUGCUGCCUGCAGUGCUGGCAUCCCAUAUGGGCUCCAGUUCAAGUCCCGGCUGCUCCACUUCUGAUCCAGCUCUCUGCUAUGUCCUGGGAAAGCAGUGGAAGAUAGUCUAAGACCCUGGGCCCCUGCAGCCACGUGGGAGACCCAGAAGAAGCCUCUGGCUCCUGCCUUCAGAUCAGCGCAGCUCGGCCAUUGUGGCCAUCUGGGGAGUGAACCAGUAGAUGGAGGAACUCUCUCUGCCUCUGCCUCUCUGUAACUCUGACUUUCAAAUAAAUAAAUAAAUCUUUGGGGAAAAAAAAUGUGUCUGAUUAUGUCUUGGACUCUUGAUGAGAGAUUUUGCUGUUAAAUCUACCAUCACAUUUUGGAACUGACAAGAAUUAUCAAGAAUGUAUGAAACAGAUACUAAGGAUUUCCAGAGGUAAUAAGUAGCCUAAUAAGUAAUUGUUUUAUGUAGAUUUGAAGGGUCUUGUUUUAGUUCUGUGGUUUUCUGCGUGUGUAUGUCUGUAAUUUCUUUUCAGCUAAGACACAUCCUUAACCUCCGGUUAAAGUUGAUAAAUUGUACAUUAAAUCUGGGUGUAUAGGGAAAUCAUAUAGGUGCCUGAGGUUUAGGGUUCUUAUAGGGACUAGCAAGAAAUAAGAACGUUCGAGUGGACUACGAAGCUUUGUACUUCUGUCUCAUGCUGUUCCUUUUGGUUGUUUUUGCAGAGUGACUUUGAGAUAAAGAAAAUUCAUUAAAGGAUAUUCAGUGUUGGGGCAGUGAUGUGGGAUGACAGCUGCAUGCAGAUUGUUCUGGCAGUGUUGGGGGAGAUGAAGUGGAAUGAAAUAAAAGAUGUAGAGACCAGUUAGGAGGCCAUUACUGUGCUGGGCAAUACACCAUGGAAAGAGGCAGUUGGCAGUUAUCAUAGAUUGGUAGGAGAAAUCUGAGCAAGAUUAAGGCACAGAGAAUCUGUAAGAAUGAGUUGCUGAUUGGAUGUGGAUGCGAAGAAGAGGUAGAAGUUAAGUGUACAUUGAUUCUUACUGGGCUGUAUUGAAAUAUUAGAGUCUCCAGAAGGCAUUAAUUUAAAUAACCUCACUGUCCCAAGAAGGAAGCUAGGUUAUACCUAUACCAAAGCAAUUGCAUCAAUAUUUGAUCAGCUGGCAGACCCUUUUUAAUUCCAGGAAUAUGAAUUUGAGUUUUCUGAUCAUUGCAUUUCUUCUCAUUUCCACAUCUUUGCCUAAGAUGUUCCAUAGCCAUUUCUUCCCCAAUUCUCAAGUACUAGUAUACAAAUCUUAUGUGUAGUGAAGCUGUUUGAUUUUCCCUAUCUCUUGUAACAAAUGUACUGAUAAUGUUUAGGGAUAAUUGUAUGCAAUUUAAUUUUCAGAUUGUGGUAAUCAUUAUUGCUGCUUUUGUUUUCAUUUUCUCUUCCCCAGGCAUCAUCAGCUAUAAAUGUUUGAUGAAAUUAUGCCCUUUAGGGUGAUUUUCCAUUUUCUCACUUUGGGAGGCAUAUUUUUCUGUCAGUCAUGAAGGGUUGAGAUUUGGAUUAUUAAGCACUUGAGCCCUAGCUUCCACAUUGGACCAUUUAACACUUUGCAUUUCCUUGUAAAUGGAAAAGUUAGGCCAUCUGUAUGCUGUUUGGGUGUUUCUGACAAUCUCAUCCAGCCUAGGAGUGUGUGUGCUUGUCUUCCAAACCCGUAUUCCAUUUCUUGCUGUACUGAGAGGCACACCAUGCAGGAGGUAAAACAGAAGUGGCUUUAGCAUUCAGGGUGAUUUAUAAGUGUGCCUUUGGGGCCUUUCUGAGCUCUGUGCUGGGAGGACCAUGUUUGAAAGAGUUUGGCUUUCUUAACCACUAGAAGUACUUAAGCAUAUGUCUGGAGUGGGUGACUGUAAAAGUGUGUUUCCUUUAAAGCAAGCAGAGUAGAUUGCAACAGAUGCUCUCCCUCUUCUGGCCCCUAGAGAGUCAGGACUUGUUGCUGUAUUCGGUCUUCCCUCUCUAAUAGCUAUUCUUCUCUGAAUUGCGGAAAGUGGUUGAGUUGCAGAGUGUGAGU